AUCGUCAAUCACAAUCGCAAAAUUACUGUUGAAGUCCCUUUACAAAUUCGCAGUCUGUGUUUUUCGUCUCCUCCUGGGGAUGUAAAGGCAGAUGAGUAGUCGGUUCCGUUUGUCCAUUUCCGGGAUCGACGUCGUUGGGUUCGGGCCGAUUCUCUAGUAGGGUGGUUCGUUAUUUGCCAAUUACUAAAUGGUGGUGCGCCCCCGGAGAGGCAGUUGAUUAUUUUCGUCGAAUCCCAAAAAUGUGCAACAUACAACCGAGGAGGGUCCUGUUCGUUCUGCAAGUGUAUGUGUGAUUGCAGCAAUUCCUCCCAGCUAAAUAAACAUCGGUCGUCGGUGUCGUGUCUCUUCGAGCUUGCGUUUCCGUUUGUCAUUGUCUUCGUUGGGAACUGGCAUUAUUUUUAUUACUACAGUGUAGUUCUAGUUGAGUCUGAGUGGUGUUUUGUAUUAUCAUCUUACUUGACCUCAAGAUUCUUAUUCAUGGGUAUCUUUCUUUUCAUUCAAAAAUGCAGUUAUACGAACCGUGGUUGCCAGAG